GGUUGGUGGUUCUGGUGACCGUCCUGGUGGUAGGGGACUUCGCGCAGCCAUGUGCUUCCCUGCUGUGGAUCUACUGCUCAGCGUACGCCGCCAUCCUCGCCGCCUCCCUGUUCCUGGACGCCACGCUGUCCCUCUGCGCGCUCAGGGGUGGCAUCCUGGACACGGAGCCGAGGAAGCACGUCAAGUACGUCAUCUACAUCAGGCUGGGUGUGAUGAUCGUGGAGGUGUGCUGGCUGAUGUUCGCAGUGGUCUGGUUGAUCCUCAACUACCAGAGCUGCCCAAUAGAAGGGGUAAAGGAAGCCAUAUUAGGUAUGGUCGUGUGCAACUGGGUGGUGGUACUGACUGUGAUGCUGACCGUUUGGUGCGUCUUCGACACGGCCGGAAGGUCCUGGGUGAAGAUGAAGAAGUACCAACGAUCAAUGAGAGAGUCUGAGUCCAGGUUCCAGUACAAGCGGUCGGGAAACCGGGCGAGGAAUUGGAGGCAACGAAAAGUUCUACGAGCUUAUCAAGACAGCUGGGACCACAGGUGUCGGCUCUUGUUUUGCUGUAUCAGGAACUCUGACAGAAGCAAGAAUUCCUUCACCGAUAUUGCAAGAUUACUGUCAGAUUUCUUCAGAGACUUAGAUGUUGUGCCGUCAGAUGUGGUUGCUGGUCUAGUACUUUUGAGGAAAUUUCAAAAAAUUGAACGAGAAUCUAAUGUCAGCCAGAGAAAAAAUGACACUUACGAAUACUUAUCGGGAGUGCCAGUUACACCUAGAACCAAGUUCCUGCCGCUGGGCGACAUGCAACACUACCAGCACUUCCAAGCAGUUAUACAUUUCAUGCAUUAUGCUUUGGCUGCUUAUGGGUGGCCUAUGUUCCUAAUGACUACACCGCUAGUCAACUUCUGUAAGAUCUCUCAAAAUAUCAGUUGCCUGUUAUGUCGAUCUAACCCUCAAGUUAACGGAGACAACUGCUGCAACUGUAAUUAUGCCGCCUUGAAAGGAAUGCUAUCAAAAGGGCAAGUCGUCAUUGUCUACGCAACUUACCAUGUCGAUGUUGCUGAGACACCAUUCUUUGUCGCCAUAGAUUUUUCAAGAAACAAAAUAGUCGUCAGUAUCAGAGGGACUUUAUCAAUGAAGGAUGUAAUUACUGAUUUAAAUGCUGAAAGUGAAACGUUGCCACUAAACCCUCCUAAAGAAGACUGGCUUGGUCACAAAGGAAUGGUUCAUGCAGCAGUAUACAUCAGAGACAAACUUAUGGAAGAAAAUAUUUUAAAUGAAGCGUUCACACUAGCUGCUCAAGAAAAGCCACAGGAGACGUUCGGCCUCGUUCUGGUUGGACAUUCGCUCGGAGCAGGAACAGCAUCCAUCCUGGCUAUUCUGCUGAGGCAGACGUAUCCUGACCUUCAGUGCUUCGCCUAUUCUCCACCUGGAGGUCUUCUAAGUAUGCCUGCUGUACAGUACACUAAGAGUUUUAUAACAUCUGUAGUACUUGGGAAAGAUGUAGUCCCGCGUAUCGGGCUAUAUCAGAUGGAAUCAUUGCGAGCUGAUCUCAUCAAUGCGAUAAAAAGAAGUAAAGAUCCAAAGUGGAAGACAAUAACAUGUAGUGUAUUCUGCUGCGGUUGCGCACCAAUGCCAACAUCAGCUGUGGAAUUGAAAGCAGAUUCAGCGACAAUGCAGGCUUAUCAACUGGAGAAGAAUUCUGCUCGAGAGGCAGCCGUUCAUCCGAGCGAUAACACAAUAGCACUGACGUUACACCAGCCCCUCUACCCACCCGGAAGUAUUAUACAUGUCGUCAGGCACCACCCAUCUAAGACUGAGCAAGUAUUGAAGAAGCACGAUCCAGUAUACCAAGCGAUUUGGGCGAAUAACACUGAUUUUGAUGAGGUUCUUAUUUCUCCAGUAAUGAUACAAGAUCACAUGCCCGAUAAAGUACUGGAAGCACUGAAUAAGGUUAUAACAAGCUUGGGUCCAGCGAAACCUCAAAGAUCAGUCAAUAACAAUAAUAACAAUAGCUCAGGGCCAUCAGACAUCGAGCACUGUCACUUACUGGCUGGAUCCAGUGCUGCGACGACGCCUCCUGCCCAACGGAUCUGCCUCGAAACUAGCUUCACAUCCAAUAACCAUCAAUCCCAAAAGGAAGAUGGCGAGUCUAAUCAUCUUCCCUGGGAGUUUAUCUCUCUUGUAUCUCCUGUCUUCGAACGACGGCCUGAGCUGCUUCACGAUGAGUGGAUGGGCCUCGCUCCUCUGGCAACGCCUGAAUCUUUCUCCGAAGUAUCGAGUAUCAGCUCUCGAGCUGGUAGCUUUUCCGGUUUGCACAAGAAAAGAAGACAUCGGGCCAUUAAAGAAAGUCAUAGUGUUCGUUUCAAUGAAAACCUUAAUGAUAUUACAGACUUUAGUACCGAUGUGACCGAACUUACGGGAUGUAACUCUGAUCACAAAAACAACAAUAUUCUCUCAAGGUUUUUCAGACGAAAAAGAUCUAAAGAACCGGAAAGAGAGCAAGAAACGAUCUCCCCAAGUCCUCCACCUCCACUGCCAAUCGAACCAAUCAAACUUGACGAAUCUCUGACAUCAACAGAGUCAUCACCCCUAUUGAGCAGUUUGCACCUCCUCACUGAUCAAAGGUUAGCCGAAAUACUCGGACGACCUUUGACAAAUAACGAUAGUACAAGUGCGUCUUCAAGUUUUCACUCAGGACAAUCCCUUCAAGAACUUCCUGCAACGAUUUCAUCAGACUCCAUCACUGUUAAUGCUGAGGUACACCAAAGUCCAGAACGGAGGCCGCAUUUAAGAUCUGAAUCAUCAGUCGGUGGUGACAGUUUGCUGGAAGACAUUGAGAGGUCAUUAAAUAUGAGCCUCUCUCGGGCUGGUUCUAGCGCAAGGCUCAGUCUAUCGAGGACUGGCUCAACGGCUAAACUGACUGAGGUCGAAAUUGACAUCGGGGAACCUCCAACCAGCUCGGAAGCUCAUCCAGCAGGUACUAAAUACAUGUAUCCAAUUCUACUGGUGGGGCACGGUGAAAGUAGUGUAUAAACAUGUUUAAACGUGUCUGGUGUUAAAGGUGCAUAAAGUAUAUUUUAACAGGCUGAAAUAAACCUUUUAAAAAUAAUAAUGCGAGCCUUUAAACAUUAAAAUAUCUACAAAAGUAUUGAUGGUUUAUAAAUUUAAAAAAAAACUAUCAAUUUUCAUAUUGUUGAAAAAGACAAUUUUUUUAUCGCAUAGAAACUGUAUUUUUUAAUUUUUAUAUGAUAACUUUUACUCUUUACAGAAAUUUUAUUAUAAAAAACAAAAAAAAAUUAUAAUUUAUAUAAAACUAUAUUAAAUAUUAAAUCUAAAUAAAGACAGAAAUGGAGUCCUUCAAUCAAGAUAGAUGAGGCAGCUACUUAAUGUAACAUGAUAUCUUUAUUUUAUUCAUCUAAAAUGAGGCAUGAAUGAACUUAUAACAUAUUUAUAUUUAUGUCAUAACAUAAAAUAUUGAUUUACACAUUCUGAUCUAUAAUGUGAAGUGUUAAUAUAAUAAUAAUUUUUAAAUUAUUAUAAUUUAAAAAAAAUGUGACUAUGUUACAAAAAUAGUCUACUUUUGAAAAAUACGGAAUCAACUUCUGCUUUAAAUUAAAUUAAAUUUAUUAAAGCACAAAGUUUGUAGUAACAUCCAUUCUUUUGAUUGUUUAUGAACGAUAAUAUUUGAAAUUCUUGGAUAUACUAUGUGUGUAAAUAUGAAACCAGAAUUUUGGGAAAUAAAAUAAAAUUUUAUUACAUAAAAAUAUUUGAUAAGAAAUAUUGCCCAUUGCUGGUUAAAAAAUUUUCCCAUCAUCUUGGCAAUCUAUGGAUGCUCUGGCAGAAAAAUUCUUUUGUUAUUAAGCCAUUUUCAUAUGAAGUAAAGUGCUGAAGAGCACUAGCAUACACUAUCGAUGCAAAUAAAUAGUAGUUGGUCAUUAUCAUAUUGCAAAAUUACUUUGUGUCGUCUUUUUUGAUAUUUUGGUAAUUUUUCAAAUCAGUCAUUUGUUGUUUAUAGCAUCAUUAUUAACAUUUUAGCAGCUCAUAAUAGAGCACAGUGUAUUUAUCGGUGGUCUUCUAUGUUCUUGAUUCUUCAUGUCAAAAUGCGACUUUUGAAUUUUUGCUCAUCCUAAAUUUCGACAAGCAUUUGAUGCAAUUCUGCAGCCUUUUUUUUUUUUUAAAUGGUAACAGAAAACUAAAGCUGUCUGCAAAUUAUAGUUUGUAAUCACAAAACUGGACAUGUUCAACGCUGUUGAAAUGUUGUUGCUAUAUGAAUAUUUUUUUGAGUUAAAAAUCUUUGGUAGCUACCGAAAAAACAAAGUAGUGCCAAUAAUGUGAUUUAAGGGGCCUUUUUACGACAAAGAUGCAUUCAUCCUGGAUUCAGGAUAUAUGUGCGUCUUUCGUCUUUAUGAAAGGGCUUUCACACCUAAGAUACAUUUGCCACAUGAAGCUUCUGUUUAUAUCCAUUAUCUCUGUUUAAUUCAGUACAUGAGUUUGAAAGAUGAUUAAUCGAUCAUUCUAUUUUUUUUAUGACGAAAUUAUAAUUCUGGCUUUUGCAGUCAGAAGAUGAAGACAAAAAAGGAAUCGUUUAUGGCAGCAUCAAUACUGGGAUAAUGCUGCAGAGCAUAUCCCUGCUAUUGUGUCUUAGCAAUUACUGAGCUAUCCAGUUUCAGGCAUAUUAUAAAAUGGAGAUUUUGGCUUUUAAAAAGUUAUUGGAUCUCAUGGGACCUUGAGACACAACAUCUAAUUGAAGUCUGAAAUUAAACAGAAAAGAAAAUGAGUGAGUCAAGCCUGAGAGUCUGGUGUUAGAGGUGGAGAGGGUGAGUAUGCAAGACUAGCAAAACAAAGGUGCACGCUGAAAUCUCCAGCUGGCUUUUUUCUUAAGGUCUUCGGUGUGAAACCUCGCGUUCAAUUACAUAGUGUAUGCACCUUGCGUCUUACAUCAUCGGUGUGAAAGGGACCUAAGAGUAACUGUUUUAACAACUAGAGCCAUCCUUGGAGAAAUUCCGGUUUCAUAUUUACACAUCUCGAGUAGAAUAGACUGAUUCAGGAAGAACUAAUUUUGUUUUGAUUAAUAUAGUCCGAUGACAAAAUGAAAUUCAAGAUUGUUAUAUACUAAAUAUUUUAUUCAGCACAAUUCUAACUAGAUAUGAAUAAUUUAAUUAAACGUCUUGAAUGAUGAAAAUAAGAACAGGAGUAAUAUAUUUUUUUUUUCCGAAAUUAUUCGCUAAAUCAAUUAUACUUGUUCACUCAAUUUUUCCAUAUUCACCAAUAACUUCCUUUUUUACUUUCAAUGAAAGCCUGUCAUAAACUAUUUACAUGAUAAGGAUUUUUAUAAAUUUUUAUCUUAAAAAUUCUCCUAAUAGAAUUCAUUAUUUUUAACAUUAUAAAUGCAGUUAAAUUCAAAAUUGCACUUAAUAAAUCUUAUCUAACUAAAAUUUUGCUAUGAUUGGUGUCCCUGACAAAGAGAGGUUCUCUUGUAAUGUAUAUUGAAUUUCCUCCAAAAUUAUAUUAAAUAUUAAUCCAAAAAAAUGACAAUAUUUUUUAUAAAUAAAAGAUAAAAUUAUCGGUACUGGCCCUUGGAAAUAGAUGAAACCUCCUAAUACAAAUAGCUUCUCUAAGUAAUCUAGUUUCGCUGUCGAUUAAAAAAUCGUCGGCUGUGAUAUCCUAACUUUUACCAGUAGGGAGAGCAUGGACAGUUCCUUGUGUCUAGCUGAUUUUUUAUAAAAAUUUAUAAAUAUUAUAAAAAAAUUAAUUGUAUUUAAGCAAAUCGAUUUGUAAAUAAGUCAUUCUUUUCUCCCCUCAUACAUAAGGAAAAUAAAUAUUUAUUAACUCUGUUAUGUCGAUUGUCAUUAAAAUAAAAGACUUAUUUAAUUUUACUUUACCUUUAAAACAAAUAAUUAUGAAUAAAAAAUUUUGGUAUUUAAUAAAAUUAAAUUAUAUGUAAGUCAACUUUCAAUAACACAAAUUUUUAAUGCUUAUCUUAAGAAAAAUUCAUACAAAAAAAUAAAUAAAUAGUCAGCUGUAAGGACCCUUUUUUUCUCAAAUAACAUUUUACCUUAACCUAAAAAUUUUUUAUUAACAAAAAACCUCGGAAAUAGGGCAUUUUUAAUCCCGAUAGCUGCAAACUUUUUUAAUUUAAUGAAGUACUCAAAACUCAUGAAUACCCAUUUGACAUAUUAGGGGGGGGAGAUUUAGCCAAAUGGCCCAAUAUUUUUAUAGGCCACCUUUUUUUCUCAGUUUUGAGAUCAGAUAAUCUUACAAUUUAAAUGGAAAGCAAAUGGAUGUUCAUGAGUUUUAGUAUCUCAUUAAAUUGCCUAAGUUCACCAAUCUCUGUCUCAUUUCUGAGGAUAUUUGUAAAUAAAAAAAAUUUUAGGUUAUGAUAAAAUGAAGCUAUUCACGAAGUUUUAGACAAGUGUUAAUAAUUUGACAAAAGGUGUCUCUACUUUGGAAUAAAAUAAGACGAAAAACUGAAAUAAAUUCAAUAUAAAUUAAAAAAACUAUUUACCUCUAUUACUUGCAUCUUGUACUGUGUUAAAAUUUCUCUGAAUACAGAGGUGCUGGAUGAAGUUCAAUGCAUCCACACCUGGGUUGUUCCUCAUUUAAUGUUGGUAAAUGGGUCUCAGUAUGUUACUUGCUUCAUAACCUGUCAUAAAAAUUAUUGAUUAUUGUGUAAUCAUAGCAUAAUGGUACUUAUUAUAAAUAUUAUGUUUUUCUAUUGCAAAAUGUAGACAAUAUUCAAAAUCAUCAUUGGUAAAUGAUGUUUCCUUUCUAUAAAUCUAAUCAACAUUUCAACAUUUUUGGUUAUUAAUUUUAAGUGAUAAUUCUAGUGGGAAAAUUUAUACAUUUCUAUAUUUACACAGUUCUAUAUUUUAACGCUGCAAUCAACUUACUCACUAUCUGUACAAAUAUUAUAAAUUUUCCAACUAGAAAUAUCACUAAAGUGACUACUCAAAAAUGUUGAAAUUGGUGUUAUUCAUUCUGUCAACUGAAAGGCUCAUAUAAAAAUACAUUUAAAUUUUACAUCUGCAUCCCUAAGUCAUCCUCAUAAAUGUCCUGAACCUUGUAUAAAAAUAUUUCGUACAAAUUUUCAAAUGUCCAAAAACUAUUAACUUCAUGAUUUAUCAUUUCUCUGAAUUUUGAGUUAUUGAUAGUUGACUGUAUACUUAUAAAUCAAAAUACAAUUAUUUAUAUUAAUAGUCACUAUACUAUUCUAGUGAAUUCGAUCAGAUAUUUUAAUUAAUUUAGAAUUAGACACAAUUUGAAUUGUAUUUAUGUUGUUUUUAUAUAAAGGUAUCUAAAUUAUGUAGUAUAUCAGCUCAAUUACAAUUUUUCAUUUUUUUUUUUAACUAACACAAAAUAUUGUGACAAAGCAUAAUUUUUAUUAAUGAUAAUAUCUAAAAAUAUAUUUCAUUAUUAAUCACAGAGGAGCACUAUAUUUUAUAUUUAUUUUUAAAAUAUUAAAAAGUGUUCAUAUCAUGAUAUCUACUAUGUUAAUCAUACAUGUUUUUAUUGUAUUAUCUCUGCACUUACGGAAUCACUUGAAAUCACACUUGAGAAUGAAUUGGUAUUUUGUACUUAACUAAAGAAUUGUGAUUUUUUUUAUUUAAUCAUAACAAAUGUUAAUAUCAUUUGGAAUGAAAUGUACACAUUUAAAAAUUGUAAUCCUUAGAUGUUUUCUAAGUCAGGCUUUACCUAGCUAGUAAACCUCGAUUAUUUGAUUGAAACAAAAGAUAAAAAAUAACCUGUUAUGAAGCAGAAAAAAUCCUGAAGGUUUUAUAUAGAAAACUUAGGAUGGGAACCGAGAUGCCCAUCCUUCCCUCCCCUCCCCCCCCCUACCAUCCUGCUAAGGUAUUUUAUUUCUCUCCUCUUCUUAAAAACAGUGCAAGCCAAAGUAUAAUGUUAAAAAUCAUAAGUCAAUUACACUUUCAGUGUUCUAUGCAAUGUUUUUCUCUUGCCCCCUUUUCAAUGCAAAAAUGCAUAACCCCAUCGAAAGGUGCUCCCUUCAAAAAUUUAAAAUCCUGGCAAGAUAUACCUUUCCUUCCUCCCCCCUCCCACAAAAAUUUUGAUGAUUUUCAUGAAACCCCCUUGUGAGCACCCCUGAUUGGAACUUAGGACCCACACAUCCCUAGGUGUAUUCUAAUAUUGAAAACCUACUUUUUGAGUUGUGUUACUUUCAUUCAGUCUGUAAAAAAAAUAUAUAUAUACAUAUACCUGCUGGGGUAAUUUAACAAAAAAAAAAAAUAAUAUAAAGACAUUUCAUUUAAUAGUAGUAGCUUUUAAAAAAUAUUUUUAUAGUAUACAUUUUUUCUAAAGAUAUACAUCUUCUAUAUAACUUUGUAAUAUUCAGUCAUGAGAAAAUACAAAACAGAAAUUUUUAAAUAAAUGCAAAAAUUGAUGUCUUAUACAAGAAAUCAAAAUUUGUUUGUUUAAACAUUUUCAGUCCUUUAAUAUCAAGGAAUAGCAUACUAAACAGUUUUGUUAUACAAAAGAUAUAUAAAUAUAUAUUAGUUUAAAAAUAAAUUAAAUUCUAAAAGUAUAGUCAGUAGCUUUAAAUUUCAAAGGAUCUAUUUUAGACCUUUCAGCCAUAUAAGAAUUGCUUUUUCUAGUGUUUAAACAAUGUCACUGUAAUUUCAAAUAUAGCUCAACAAAUACCACGAGGUUCUUAAUUGAAUAUUCAGUCCUGUAAAUCAAACAAUCAUGUUUGAAAAUAAAAAUUAUUUUUAUCAAAAAACAUUUAAUAUUUGGCUGUGAAUAGCGAAAUUAAAUUCGGGUAUAAACUGAACGCUUUCAAUCGCGUGUACAAAUCCUAUUCGCCCGCAAUAUUUAUUUAACCAAUUCUCAGCCCAAUUAGCAUAAGAUGGGGCUUGGAAUUUCAGUUUAUUUAUGUCAAACAGUUUUAGCUGAUAUAAAAAAUUAUAUAAUGUUGAAAUCACAAGAAAUGUUUUUAUUAUUCAUACUUGAAUCAAAUUUUGACAUGCCUGAUAAAUAAAAAUAAAAUAAAACCGAUUGUAUUUACAUGUAAAAAUUGUUAAUACUUUAUGAAGUUUAGAUGAUCGCCUUAGAGGCAUUCAUUUUUAUGUAAAUUACUCUAGUUUCUUGUAAAUAUAUUUGUUAUAAACUUGCUAUAAAAUAUAUCAUUUAAUGUUAAAAUGAAAAAAUUAUUAUAAAAAAAAAAGUUUGAUAAUAAAUAGACUAUUUCUGUAAGAAGUGUAAAUAUAGUUUUUAUUAAUAAAUACUGACAUUAGAAGCUGUGAUAGCUGGGACUAUGGCUUCAAAAAAGUUCUGGCACUUCUGUGCAAUUAUUUCUAAAUGCCAAAAUAACGGAUGAUAAAAACCAUCAAUGAUUUCAUAUUUAUUUUAAUUUUUAGUUUGUGGAAACUUCCAUUUUUACGUGCUUAUAUCCCUUGAAUAUCAAAGUUUUCGGAUUAAUCAUACUAUGCUCCUUAGUUCAGUAAAAUUCUUCCGUAUAAUUUUAAUAAGAUAUUAAAGUUAUAUGGAACAAAAACUGACAACUCGUGGGUUAAAACCAGUUAUUUUAAACAUUAAAUUAACUUAUUACAGUAAUGAUGGUUCUUAGUCGUCUGUUUGUUACACAUUUACAGUGUAACCUUGAUCUCUAUAUCUAUCCAUGAUAGUAUUAGGUUUAAUACAUCUUCCAUUGAAGAAAGAUUUUCGCUGUCCAUAAUUGACCAUGUACUUAUAAAAAAAAGAUUAUAAAAUAAAAUUAAUGAAUAUUAUAUCAUACUUAACUGAAUAUUCUUUAGAUACUAUUCCAUUGUAAUUUAUUAAUAUAAUGUUAGAUUAUAUUUGGAAAAUAUAAUUUGUAUAAUUUAAAAAAAAAAAAGAAAAAAUCAUGGGAUUUAUAUUAGUUGUUUAUAGUUUUAAAUUGGUUACAUUUAUAUAUAAAUAAUAUUGUGAUGAGUUGUCAAAUGAAAUAUAUUAUUUAUAAUUUUUAUUUGUAAACGAUUAUUAUGGCUGAUUUCAACUGAUAGUAUAGAUCUCAACACAUAGAUUAAUUUUGUAAUUUUAUAUUCAUCGAAGAAACAGUUUUUUUCUUAUCAAAAUUUAAGUGUAAAGAAUUUAUUUAUUGAAAUACAAACACUUUCUGUGAUAA